AUGGCUUCGCAAACCCAGGGAAUUCAGCAAUUGUUGGCUGCCGAGAAGCGCGCCGCCGAGAAGAUCAACGAGGCGCGAAAGAGAAAGUUGCAGCGCACGAAGCAAGCCAAGCAGGAGGCUCAGGCGGAGGUUGAGAAGUACAAGCAGCAACGUGAGGCCGAAUUCAAACAAUUUGAGCAGCAAUAUUUGGGAACCAAAGAAGACAUUGAGAGCAAGAUCCGCAAGGAUACUGAGGAUCAAAUCAAUGCGAUGAAGCAAAGCGUUGCUGCCAACAAGCAAGCGGUUAUUGUCCGCCUUCUUCAACUCGUCUGCGACAUCAAGCCGGAACUCCAUCACAACUUGGUGCUGCAGAAGAAGCUCCACGGACAAUUCGCCGCCUAA